UCAUGAUGCCACGGCGCUCGCUAAUCCGCUCUCCGCGGCGCACAUGCUCAGUACCGAUCACUGUGGCGAUCUGUAAUGGCUGCGGGAUGAUGUGAUACGAGUCCCGGUGCCGCGCCGCGUCUCUUCGGUAGGAAUGCCUUUUCCUUGAGACCGCCAACCACUCCGUUCAUUCCUCCGUCAACAUGGUUGGCAUCCGACAGAAGAAUAAACGUCGGACAUCGUAGUCUCGAGCACGUGCGAGGGCGAUAUUCGUUGCAGUGCUGGUGUGAGAUAGUGCCAGUGAAUUGCCUGUGGUUGGCGGUAGUCAGGACUCAGGAGUGAUGGCUGUGAAGGAGCGGGUGGAGGCGGUGCUGAAUGUGGGCCUGCGGGUCCCCAGUAUCAUGUUGCUUGAGGUGCUGUACCGCUGGGAUGUCAGCUCCUUUUUCCAGAAGAUCCAGAGGAGCAGCCUCAACAACAACCCCCUCUUCCAGUACAAGUACCUGGCCCUCUACCUUCACUAUGUGGGCUACAUUCUGAGUCUGGUUCUGCUCACUCUGCCCCGACAGCACCUGGUGCAGCUCUACCUGUACGUGCUCACUGCCUUGCUGCUGUUUGCCGGACACCAGAUCUCCAGGGACUAUGUGCGCAGUGAGCUGGAGUCUGGCUACGAGGGCCCGCUGUACCUGGAGCCUCUCUCUAUCAACCGUUUCACUACUGCGCUCCUCUGCCAGCUGGUGGUGUGUACCUUAUGCUCCUGUGUGAUGCAGACCAAACGCAUUUGGCUCUUCUCUGCGCACUUGCUCCCUCUGGUGGCCCGGCUGUGCCUAGUCCCACUGGAGACCAUUGUUUUCGUCAAUCGCUUUGCCAUGAUUUUCACAGGCUUGGAAGUCAUCUACUUUUUGGCCUCCAAUCUGCUGGUGCCAUUUAAUCUGGCCAAGACUGCAUACAGAGAGCUUGCACAGGUGGUGGAGGUUUAUGGGCUGCUGGCUCUGGGUAUGUCUCUCUGGAAUCAGCUGGUUUUGCCGGUGUUGUUCAUGUGUUUCUGGCUGGUUCUGUUUGCUCUGCAAAUCUACACAUACUUCAGCACUCGAGACCAGCCUACGUCUAGAGAGAGGCUGCUCUUCCUUUUCCUCACCAGUAUUGCAGAGUGCUGCUGUACUCCAUACUCUCUGCUGGGUCUGGUCUUCACAGUGUCUUUUGUUGCAUUGGGAGUGCUCACUCUUUGCAAGUUCUACCUGCAGGGUUACAGAGCUUUCAUGAAUGACAACACCAUGCACAGAGGCAUGACGGAGGGAAUCACUCUUUUGAUUCUGGCUGUUCAGACGGGACUCAUUGAGUUGCAGGUCAUCCACAGAGCCUUCCUCCUCAGCAUCAUCCUCUUCAUUGUGGUGGCCUCCAUUCUGCAGUCCAUGCUGGAGAUUGCUGAUCCCAUAGUGCUGGCACUGGGAGCCUCCAGAGACAAGAGUUUGUGGAAGCACUUCCGUGCGGUCAGCCUGUGCUUGUUCUUGCUGGUGUUUCCGGCCUACAUGUCCUACAUGAUCUGUCAGUUCUUCCACAUGGACUUCUGGCUGUUGAUCAUCAUCUCGUCCAGCAUUCUGACCUCUCUACAGGUUCUGGGCACGCUGCUGAUCUACGUGCUCUUUAUGGUGGAGGAGCUGCGCAAGGCUCCGGUGGAGAACAUGGACGAUGUGAUCUACUGGGUAAAUGGCACCUACAGACUGCUGGAGUUCCUGGUGGCUCUGUGCGUGGUGGCAUACGGCGUAUCCGAGACUGUGUUUGGCGAGUGGACCGUCAUGGGCUCCACCAUCGUCCUCAUCCACUCGUACUAUAACGUGUGGCUGAGGGCUCAGCUGGGCUGGCAGAGCUUCUUACUCCGCAGAGACGCUGUCAACAAGAUCAAGAGCCUGCCUACAGCUUCUCUCCAACAGCUCCAGCAACACAAUGACAUCUGCUCCAUCUGCUACCAGGACAUGACGUCAGCAGUGAUCACUCCUUGCAGCCACCUCUUCCACGCCGGCUGUUUGAAGAAGUGGUUAUACGUCCAGGAAACCUGUCCUCUGUGCCAUAACCAGCUGAAAGGCUCAUCGCAGCUGGGCUCUUCAUCACAGGACGUCCCACCGCAAGACACCCCAGCUCAACCAGAAGAGCACCAGGAUCCUUCAGAGCCCGCAGACUCAGAGUCAAACCUCCAGGAUCUCCAGCAAGACGACAGCAGCAGUCGAGCCCCAGCAUCAGAGCUCAGGGCUAGGCUAAAACAACAAACCGAUCCUCCUGCCUGCUCCUCCUCCUAAACCAGCCAAAAGACGGUGUCUGAUGGGGUUACCAUCGACUGUGAAUGCUCCUCCUUACGAAAUACAAUCAAAACCCCUGUCUCAUAGUGUUGUCAAGUGUAUCGAUCUUUCGAUACGUAUCAAUACUAAAAUAUUUCGAUACGAUAAAAUAUCACUUUCCCAUAGUAUUGAUACCUGUCUGUCCCACUGAAGCUUAAUUUUGUUCAUUUAUCCAGAGUUUUCAACAGAUCAUUUCACAGUUGAUGCACAUUUCUGGGUCCUAUCAGUUUCAAGCUUCAAAGUAUGCAAAACACAACACACUGAAAAACAUAUUCAUUGAAUUUACCAAUCUUUUUGAAGGUAAGUAAUUGCAAACAAUUUAUAUAGGCAAAAUUUAAACAAACAAAUUAU